ACCGGAAACUAGCAGACUACAAAAAUGGCGUCCGUCAUAUUUCGAAGUGGUCGAACGGCCGAGAAAUUAGCCUUUCAACACGCUUCUAGAAUUUUAGGAUCUGUACAAACACAGACCCAAUCACAAAGACAUCUUUCAAUACAUGAACACCUGAGUUUUGGUUUAUUAUCAGAAGCUGGGGUUUCUGUACCUAGAUAUAGAGUUGCUGAAUCUCCAGACCAAGUGAAGGCCUUCGCUAAAGAACUCGAGGAGUUAACUAAAACACCUGAUGUUGUUCUAAAGGCUCAAGUACUUGCUGGUGGUCGAGGAAAGGGAUCAUGGGAUAGCGGUCUAAAGGGUGGCGUUAAAUUAGUAUUUAAUGAUGAGGAGGCUAAAGAUAUAUCGAGUAAAAUGUUGGGACACAAAUUAUUUACGAAACAAACUGGAACUGAGGGUAGAAUCUGUAAUCAAGUUAUGGUCGUGGAGAGGCUGUAUUCAAGACGGGAGUUUUAUUUUGCUAUAGCCAUGGAGAGAAGUUUUCACGGCCCUGUGUUAGUAGGAAGUUCACAGGGGGGUGUAAAUAUAGAAGAAGUAGCGAAGGAGAAUCCGACAGCCAUCGUUAAAGAACCAGUGGAUAUUACACGUGGUAUAACUAAAGAUCAAGCUGUAUUUAUGGCCAAAGAAAUGGGCUUCAGUGAUAUCUGUAUUGAUCAGGCUGCUGAUGUAAUGAUGAAGUUAUAUACAGAUGUAUUUUUAAAAUAUGAUGCUACUAUGGUGGAAAUAAACCCAAUGUCUGAAGAUUCGCAGGGACAAGUUUAUUGUAUGGAUUGCAAGUUAAACUUCGAUGAUAAUGCUGUUUAUCGACAAAAGAAAAUAUUUGAUUUUAAAGAUUGGACACAAGAAGAUUCCCGAGACAAAAAAGCUGCAGAAGCAGAUUUAAAUUAUAUUGGUUUGGAUGGAAAUAUCGGAUGUUUAGUAAAUGGAGCUGGUUUAGCCAUGGCAACUAUGGAUAUUAUUAAGUUACACGGUGGAACUCCUGCAAAUUUCCUUGACGUAGGAGGUGGUGCCACUUCACAUCAAGUUACAGAAGCCUUUAAACUCAUCACAUCAGAUAAAAAGGUAGAUGCUAUUUUAGUCAAUAUAUUUGGUGGGAUCAUGAGAUGUGAUGUCAUAGCUCAGGGUAUUGUUCAAGCUGCAGCAGAAUUAGAUAUGAAAAUACCAAUUGUAGUCAGAUUACAAGGAACUAGAGUAGAUGAUGCCAAAGCAAUUAUUGGUGCCAGCCAACUUAAAAUUUUAGCUUGUGAUAACUUAGAUGAAGCUGCUAAAAUGAUUGUAAAAUUAUCAACAAUAGUAGGACUAGCCAGAGAAGCAGCUGUAGAUGUUAAAUUUGAAUUACCUCUGUAAAUAAACAAAUAAUUAUAUCACAAGAAAUAUCAGUAAUACAAGAGUCAAGAUGGGGGGCUACGGAAAUUCUAUCUCAAGAAGUAUCAGUAGUUUAAGAGUCAACAUGGAAAACUAGAGAAAUUAUUUUCAACAUGAAGGAGCUGUCUCUAUUGAUGGAAUUAAUCUUUUCGAAAAAUUGAAAUUUUUUAUUUUAUACUUUCAAAUAAAUUUGUAAUUUAUAAUAUAAACCAUUGAAAAAGACAUAAUAGAAAUAAGCGCACAUAUAAUAUAUAUGUUGUGUGAUAAUUUGCGUCUGACAGAGUCUGUGACAGGUGCCUUAUAUCCAGGCUUGAUGCUAUCUAGGGUUAUUGCAAGGAAUACAGACUGCAGGAAUUUCACCAAAAUAUUUUCAGCAUCUUAGAGUACACUUUAUUAAUGGUUGUUGGGGGGGGGGGGGGGGGUUCAGUCAAAAUUGAUACUCUGGCGAUAUUUUCCAGAAAUAAAAACUAUAAAAACUUUGUUUCAAAAAUGUCUAAUAUGGUGUUAAACACACUACAUGAUCUUAACCCAAUUCUCUAGAUAAAUUUUCUCUUGUAAUUUCGCUUACAGUUUAGAGAUUGUAGAAGUACAGCUACUUUCAUACUGAAUUUUUACCCUCGAAUUCAUUUUAUAAAGGCUAUUUUCAAUUUGUGAGAAAAACUAAAAAUAAUUUAGUACCAAAAUCAUCCUAAUUUUUUUCUUUCCAGUCCAGUCCAAGACAGUGUGUUGAUGUCAUCAAGGUUUUUUUGUACAAAUUUUACUAAAAACUUAGUUGAGAAAAAAUUGCUAUUAAUUACUAGAGUUGAAGUCGUGGAUUUAUUUCUAAAUUUUAAGUAAUCCAUAUGUGUUCACGUUAAACUUUUGGUUAGAAAAUUUAUUUAGUUAUCGAUAAAUAAAAAAUACUCCCAACUCAAACAAUAUUUUAUUUUAUUUGAAAACUAUGCUAAUAAUUAGAAAUAUUUAUUUAUAAUUGCAUGUUUAAAACCUUUUACCAUCUUUCCAUGUACAUAAAAAUGAAUUGAAAACAUAGAUUAUUUUAUGAUAAACUGUUAUUUUACGCCCGCAAUGUGGACGUUCUAGAGGAUAAAGUUCAUAUCCAAUUGACAUUAAAUUUAUACACAAUAUCUAUAGUCAUGAGACAAAGAUGCCUAUUGAUUGUCAAUGAUUUUUGAUAAUUACUGUCAGAGUUAUGGCCCUUAAUCACUUUAAAAAAUCUUGUGGAAGCUAUAGUGAUGUUAAGAAAUUAUUACAACCUAUACAAGUGUAUGUACAUAAAAUUAAAGUUUUUUAAGAUUAAUUGAAGGUAAACUGGCUUUGCCUGAUAUUCGAGUUCCAACAAUUGUAUAAAGUAGAUGUCGAUAUACCUAUAAUAUUUUAAUCCAGUCUCUCACCGAUUAUUAUAAGUUUAAUAAUCUAAUUAAUCCAAUAUUCUUUAGCUAAGAUCUGAUUGAUUUUAUUUCAUUUGGUUAAAGAUUCUUGAAGAUAGCAGAUUUUAUAAUACUGAUAGAAGAAAUUGUAUAUUUUGAAAAAUUAUAUCUUGUUGGCUGUUGGCUUUUUUGUUGUAAUUUCUUGGUAAAAUUCUUAAACAGCUUCUGAUAUUGAAAACACAGUGUCUAUUAUUAGAUGAAUUGUAGAGUCAGGGAACCAAUAGAAAUGUAGUUUAUAGUUUAGUACUGGUACUUUAACCAAUUAUCUGAUGUGUGUUAUAGGACUCUAAAGAAUUAACAUUAUAAAGUGAAAGUAAGUGUGACUUGUAAUAAUAACUAGACUAUAUUGUCAAUAAAAUGUAUUUAUUGUUUACUUUUA